UAAGGUUGCAGGGAUGGCGGCACUUUGAGACAGCAGUAUUACGACGUUUAUGUUUUAUCGUCUGUAUUGAAAGACGAAAAUGUCUGGGAUCUUAUCUCGUACCGUGGGUCAGUUGCUGCCAAGACAGCCUUUAGCGUCUUGCUCACUGGCAUUGUACGGUACUCCUGUCAGAAGCAGUCAUUGGUUUGCAUCAGUGCUGUCACUGAAAACCUCCGUGCCGUUAAGAGCGGAGCCCAAGAAGAAGAAGAAGGUCGACCCACGCAGGGAGCAGAUGGCCAAGGAGCGUCUGAAGAAGAAGCUGAAGAAGCUGGAGAAGGUGCCUCCUGAACUGAUCCCCAUAGAGGACUUCCUUACACCAGCCAAGUGCUUUGAUGAGACCAGGGUCCGGAGCGCUCCCUCGUUGUCGUUUGAGGAGAGCGAGAGGAGAGCACUGUUGCUAAAGGAGUGGUCCCGUUACAAACACGCCCAGCAUAAGGCAGAGAAGGCAGCUAUAGAAGAGGCCAUGGAGGCCCAGAGGCAGGCGCUGGAGGAGCUAAGGCUGGAGUCUGAGGAGCUUUACCAGGCUGCCAUCAGACCGGAUCCCGGCCUCUUCCCCUUCAAGCACCAGGGCCCCUGUCACACACCACCCGUAUCCAACUACCAGGCACCCGAAGGCAAAUACAACGACAUCACCCGGGUCUACACGCAGUGAACUGCAGUUUGCGUGUUGUCUCCUCAGCAACAGUGGUUGAUGGUCAAAUUUCAUGAGCCGCGUACGGUGCAGUUGAGUGUAAAACAGCUAAUGCUGUGUUUCAGGGACAGUUUCUCAUACCGAGUUAUACAUCUGUCAGUGGUUAAAUCAAAAGACGCCUUUAUAUGUUAACUCAUUUAUGGAGCCUUGAAGCUGUGUAGUCUAUGUAUAACAAACAGCAAGCCCUUGUACACUAACAUCUUCUGUAAACACGAGGUAUCAUGUUUGAUUAUAUUCUACUCCUGUGUUC